UGUCCCGGGAUGCGUCGUUGCUGGGCUGGCAGACUCCGAGGCAUCUCCUCCUCCGCUCACCGGCCGGCCGGUUAGGACAGGAUGGAUGGAGGCCCCCUCUCCCACCAUUCUCCGCACCAGGUAAGCUCCGGCGGCCGGAGCCGUCGAGGGGGAAUCAGCGGCGAUGGCAUCCCGCGCCGUGGCCAAGCCGAUGAUGGGCUUCCUUCCCCAGAUCAGUCGACGCUGCUGCCAGUCCCGCCCGACGACCGCGACUAAGGGAAGCGCCGCCCGGGACGUGGCCACGUGGCCCACCGGCAGUCCGACGUGAGCAGGACAGCGGCGGCAGUUCUAUUUCAGAGCAGCAGAGGAGCCUCCGGUUGCCUCCACCCUAACCAUGGAGCUUGGCCCCACCAGCCAUGAACCUCCAAGACCCCCAUCACAGAAGGGCUCUGAUCUCUCCUUUGCAGAGGUUUUUGCUUAUGACGAGAGGGACUUUGUGCUGAGUGGAGUAGAGUGGCAGGAAAACAGAGGUAAUUGUGGACCCCCUGGCCACACCAUGUCCCGCUUUGACAGAGUUCUUCAGUCAGGCUGGAAGGACAGACAGAACCGGGGACUCUUCCGCUACUACUUAGAGGAGCUGCAGACCAGGAUCCUGCCAGGGAUGGUAGGAUUUGUGGCCCAGCUGAACAUCCAGAGGGGGUCAGAGAGAAGGAGACCCCAGGAGAUCCGAAGCAUCCAGCAGAGAUUUGACCCCCAGCAGUUCAACUUCAGCAAGAUCCGGCCUGAGGAGAUUCUCUUUGGCAUGUCCAGGAGCCAGACUUCUUCCAGGCCCUGCUUGAUGGAUGCACAGAUCCUGCCUGGCUCUGCCUUUGUGCUUGUAGUGAUCAAUGUCAGCCCUUUGGAGUUUGGGCACAUCCUUCUCAUCCCUGAUCCCACACUCUCAUUGCCACAGAUCCUCACCCCACAGGUUGUCUGCUUUGGCCUGGAUGCCGUCCUCCUCAGUGGCCAUCCUGGCUUCCGUGUGGGUUUCAACAGCCUUGGGGCCUUUGCCUCGGUCAACCACUUGCACCUGCAUGGCUUUUACUUGAACUGGGAGCUGCUGGUUGAAUCAGCCCCCUGUGAGCCCCUCCUGCCCGAAGCAAACUUCUAUCUGCUGCAGGAGGUCCCAGUUCCCUGCUUCGUCUUCUAUAGCGAAGGGCAGCAGUUAGAGGAGCUGGCACAGCGUGUUUGCCAGGUCACCAACUAUCUGGUAAAGAAGGAGAUCGCUCACAACCUGUUCAUAACCAGGGGUGCAAAACCAGAGGGGCCUGCCCACUCAGAAACCCGACCUGGAAUCCGGAUCAUAGUCUGGGCCAGGAAAUCCUAUUUUGGUACCAAAGAAGAAUCGGCAUUCAAUGUGGCUCUCUGCGAGCUGGCAGGGCACCUGCCCAUCAAAACUGCCCAGGAUUUUGAGAGUCUCACAGAAGCACUGGCCAUUCACACCCUUCAGAAAUGUCUCCUCCCAGACUCUCUGUUUUCCCAGCUCCAGUGUGAGCUGGUGGCCCUCCUCAAAGAGUGACCUCACAGGGAUGGUUGUGCUUCUGGAAAUUCUGCUAAUGUGUGCCUGUUCAGUAAGGAGAGGAGGGAGACCUCGUUUACCCACAAAUGCCAUGGUAGGAGGACAUGCAAGAUUGCUGGUCAAUAAAGCAUAAAUUCAACUGAAUUCCCAUCUUUGUUCUUUUGACUCACAAGCUGUAACACAAUAUUUGCUUUCCUUAAAGCGCUUACAUGAAGUCAGACCAUUUGGCUCAGUAUUGUCCACCCCGGGAGUAGCCAACAUAGCCAAUUAAGGGAAUCGUAGCCCACAUCUAGGUGGGCACCACUCUUGUUACCCCUGGUCUACAAGGCCAGGUGUGAGCUCUCUAAGGUAUCAGGUAGGAAUCUUUCGUGGCCCCACUGGGAGAUACUGUCUGGACUUGGACUAGGAAUCCUGCUCUGCACUGAGCUAUAGCCCCCAAGCUUGUCUUGCAUAGGCUGUUUAAAAGGGACUUGUGAGUUUAGUGCAGAGGUUUCUGCUGGAGCAAGGAUGCUUGGCACCUGCAGGCUUACUCCAAGAGAUUACCAGUAGUUACAGUUAGGUAGCCGUGUUGCUCUGGCGUAGUCAAAACAAAAUUUAAAAAAUCCUUCCAGUAGCACCUUGUUGUUGUUGUUUAGUCGUUUAGUCGUGUCCGACUCUUCGUGACCCCAUGGACCAGAGCACGCCAGGCACUCCUGUCUUGCACUGCCUCCCGCAGUUUG